GGCGGAAGCGGUGUGGCUACGUGGGAGCUGGGAUUCCAUCCCCGCUGGGCUGCCGCCCCUUCUGGGCUGCCGCAAUGGAACUCAGCGCCGAGUACCUCCGGGAGAAGCUGCAGCGGGACCUUGAGGCAGAGCACGUGGAAGUCGAGGACACGACUCCCAACCGUUGCGCGUCCAGCUUCCGAGUCCUGGUGGUGUCGGCCAAGUUCGAGGGGAAGCCGCUGCUUCAAAGACACCGGCUGGUGAACACGUGCCUAGCAGAAGAGCUUCUGCACAUCCAUGCCUUUGAGCAGAAAACUCUGACCCCAGAGCAGUGGACCCGUGAGCAGCAGAAAUAAAGAGACCUAGGCCGGCACAGCCACUAAAUUAUGAAUCAGGGCCAGCUUCUGUGUCAGCGUGUUGUGGGGGGGAGGGUGGGAAGGGUGCUGAGCUUUAAUCUAGAGCCUGGUUUCUCCCUGCCCCACCCCACCCCCACUCUCCAUUGUCUUACUUUGGACAAGUCUUUCACACAUCCACAAGGCCUUAAGUGUUGAAUCAGAUAAAACAAAACAAAACAAAACAAAACAAAACUGAGCCUCAAUUAACUCACAGGCUAUCGUUUCUUCCCAACAGAGGCUACUGGUAUUGCCUUUUGGCUUCAGCUAACACCCAAUUACUUUACAAGGAUUAAUAUGAUCUAAAAUCUACUGCCUCCACUGUAAGUACUCACUGACUAGUGGGCAAGGCAUUUAUGAAAAAGGAACCAACAUUCACAAGAGGGUGAGUUAAGUAGGAGAAGUCAAUCAGAAAGUUCCCAUGGUACAAUGUCUCAUAUCUGACUUAAGCAAACAAAAAGCCCAGUUAAUACAGAAUAUAGUAACAGGAUGUCAUGGGCCUGAAUAAUGCUGAAGUUCUUUUGGAAAAAAUAAAACAUUUAAGCACA